CGCUCGGGCUCAAGCGGCCUUCCGCUCUGAGCGCCAUGGGGUCGCGGGAGCCCUGCCGGCGGCUGGAGGCGGUGCUCGGCGCUCUCUACGACUUGGGUGAUGAGCCCGGCGUCCGGGGCUCGGCGGGGGACGGCGAUGCUAGCGAGGCGGCAGCGGAGGAGGAAGAGGAGGACAGCCAGGAAGCGCAGCCGACAGCCCCGAGCGAUGCUGGCGGGGCGAAGAGAGGGAGGCGCGGCGCCCGCGGCUUCUUCGGAGGGCUGCGGGAGGAGAUGUGCCGCACCGCCCCGCCGCCGCCGCACCACGGCGCGCCGCCCCCCGCCCAGGUGGAGGUGGUGGUGUUCCGCGAGAGGAAGAGGAAGGCGCGGCCCGACCCCGUUCCGGCGGCGCCCGGCGGCGGCACCCAGACCAGAACAGUGGCUGAAAAGAAAAAUGUGAACAAGCAAGAAUUUAACUUCGAAAAAGCUCGUUUGGAAGUGCACAGGUUUGGAAUCACUGGCUAUGAGAAGCAGGAACAGCGUCUAUGGGAACGGGAACGUGCAAUCAUGCUGGGAGCCAAGCCUCCCAAAAAGGAACACAUCAACUACAAGAAAUACCAGGAGAAAAUGAAGGUGAAGAAAACAACAAAGGAUGAUGAUAAGGGACAGGUACAAAAAGGUGAUUCUCUGAAGAAGAAGAAGAAGAAAAAAGACUUGAAGGAGAGAAAGGCCAAAAGGAAGAGAUCGGUGCCCAGCAUUUGGCCUGCAGGACAAGUUGGAAAAUUCAGAGAUGGGACCUUGAUUCUACAAAGCGGUGACAUAAAGAAAAUUAAAUCAACUAAAGUUAUCAAAUGAACUUAUGAUACCAAAUGAAAUGGAUGAAAAGCAUUAAAACAGAACUCCUGUUGCCACCAGAAGAGACUUACAUAAGCCUUGCCCUGCCACCAUGUCCUAAUUCAUUUACCUUAUUUUUUCUUGCAGGGUUUUCUAUCUCUUAUUCUUGGGAGAAUAUGACAAUUUACCAUGUUAUAAAUAAAAGAAAGACUUUUUGAUAAUUAA